AUGGCUCUGUCUAUGCAUAAUUUGUCCAUGUUCACUUGCGUAUCGAUCUUCUGGCUGUUUAUAUCCUUCCACCUUGUAGUAUUGGAAAGGGUGGAGACUGAGUGCCAUUCCAAUUGUCAAUUGAGCGUACUAAAUGAAACUCGAAUAUAUCAUGAUUUCAGGAAGAUUAUUAAAUCUCCAUCGGUUCGAGUUGUAUUUUUUCAUCUUUAUAAAAGAAAUGGCAAUGACCAUCUUCGAAGUUCAGUCCAUGAAAGCCCUAUUUUUUAUGCAUGGUUAAGAAAAGAUGUUGGAGAAGCUAUUUUCGCAUUACCUACUGAUUAUAUUACUACAAGCUUGAGUAUUUAUGCGAUCUUCUCAUCGGAAUUGCGAAUUAAUAUCACAGAAGCUAGUACUGACUGUUACAGUAACAUCACCACUGAUUUAUGUCGAGGAUUAACUAUAUUUAAAGUUCUGAGCAAAGUAUUUCAUUUAAAUUUGAAAAAGAACCAGAAUUUUUCGGAGAUACCUUAUGGUACUCUAUGUAGAAGAAAUUUUACUAUCCAAGGAAAUUCUAUUAGUAGCGUAGAUUACUCAUGCUGCGAAAAUGAAGACCUUAGUGAUGAUAUCAAUUUUGAUAAAUGUCUAACCCCUCAAAAAAUACUUUGGUAUGCGCCACUAAUGAGAAUAUUUACUAUCAUCCUAAGUACUACAUUGGCAGGAAUAGCUUUGACUAGGGUGGUUAAUAUGUAUAUCGAUUCCUUAGAAAAAAAAGCGGAAAUUGAUUCAGUAAGCGUUUCUAUUAUAAACCGGUUAAAGUUGCAGACAGCCGGAUACUUUUAUCUUCGAGAAAGUACAAUUAGCAAUCGUUGGGUACAAAUAGAACAUGUCCUGAUGCAUAUCGUUUUGUUCUUUCUUGCUGCUUUUGGAGGAUAUGCAUCUGUUGUAGCACAGAUCUAUCCACCUAUUUUCAUGGUUUUUCCCUUCAUCGGUCAUCUAUCAGUGCCCAAGCCAAUAGUGUUCAGGUAUUUUGGUGUUGGUAUCUUACAUGGAUUGUUUACAAUAAUCAUAAUUGCGGCUCACCUAAAAGAAUUUUGGUUAACCAAUUCGUUAGCGUAUCAACUAAAACGAGCUUCUCUAACUACACUCAAUUAUAAAAUCUUAAUGCGAAGUAAUUAUAGCCAGUUGCACUUUCAACUUACAAUUCGUAUUAAAGACAUAAUAAAUGAUUUGAGAUCUUUCCAUGUGAUAAAAUUUAUCAAAAGCUUCUUGACAUUUAUAAUUUGUUUACCUUUCUUUAUUUUCGGUGCUAUCGAACUUUUACGAAUAACAUUAUUUAUCUCUGAAGUGCUUGCAAUUAAAUUGAAACGUAACUUUCUCUUUACACAUUCUAAACAUCGUCAUCUUAAUUCUAUUAUGUCUGCUAUCUUAUCUCUCGUAGCUCUAACAUAUUCUGUUUUUACGAUAGCCGAAUUUUGGCUUUUUUUCCAAGUCAUUUUCCGUACCAUUAUUAAUGUAACAACUUUUAUCGUCGCCCAUUCUGUUUAUUUUAGCAUUACUAUUGUCGUCGUGAUACCUUAUGUACAUUAUAUUAUGAAACUGAUUGACUCUUAUAAAAAGAAGGGAAAUAUGCUUCCUAGGUAUAUCAUCCAUUUACAGCAAAAGGUAGAAUCACGAAUUGAUGAUAUCUUAACUGCUAAACAAGGAAAGUUAGAAGUCUAUUUCUUCAUCUCUGGUAGUAUUGAUAAUCAUAUAAUAACAAUCGAUUUACCGGAAAUGUUACAAGACGAUAGAAUAGAACAACAUGUACGACAAUAUUUACAACAGAUUUUGUUACAAACUGGUUAUGGAUUAUCUGAUGGAAUAUGUAGAAUUGUAUUUCAAUACAGUAUAAAUGAUAAUGAUACUGAUGUCGAUGUAACAUUGCCUGAAGACUACAAUCACUGUCUAUUUUUCACGGAUAACGCCAAUCUAACCGGGUUAUUAACAUGCAUUAGUCAACAUCUACAAAGUAAGAAAGCAGGAUACUUUCAAGCAAAGUUAAGUAAAGUCUAUUACAAGAUCCAUAAUAUCGGUGAUAGUCAAUGCAUUGGAAUUCCAUCAGAAUUAUUUGGCUAUUUACGAUAUUACGCACCUGAAGUAUCGUUGAGUCUGUGGCAAAUUUUCUUUAACAUCAUGGUUACGACAUGCAUAUUUUUGGCAUUUAUUUUGGCAGUAUUAUAUGACUCAAAAUGUUGGUCAUUUACAUCGUUAAGCUCAACUAUUGCCAAUACGCCAAUCGUCUAUAUCGCUACAGUUCUAUCUUUGAAAUAUCUUAAAGUAGCCGAGUCUGAUGAAGAAAUAACAAAAGAAAUGUUAUUAGCUAAUUUAAUAUUAUACAGAAGAGGCUAUCGAUUAUUUUGUAGAAGAGGUAUUGAAUUUCAGCCUCUUUCACAAAUAAUGCAGAUAUUCUAUACUAAUCCUAAUCCUCGACGAAAUUCUGAUUUAUUGGGAUAUAAGAGCGUCAGUUAA